CAAACCAAAAGCCAAAAGGGAGAAAAGGGUGUGAAUAUUGUGCUGUCCGACGCCUCCUCAUAAGUAGAUAUCGCAGCAAUGAAAUUUGGAGUACUGUCUAGGAAGACCUCUGUAAAAAAAAAAAACCUCUCUUUUACUCGCGAAAUAUACGAUAUUAUAAGCUAUGAUGCCUAGGAAAGAUGUGUUCGUUAAGCUGAUUAUCAUGGUGUUUGUGUACGUAAGUGCAAUUCUUGACUGCGGAGAGAGCUCUUACUCUGGCGAGGGUGGGUAUCAUGAUGAAAUGCGGCGUCUGGCUUUGGUUAAGGCUACACAUAUCAUCCGCAACGGAGUUUCUCCACCCCAGAGCCAUUCAACACCACCGGCGGUAUCACCACGAUCACGUGUUCACCACGCGACAGAGUAUGGUGCUGAUCCUACAGGGAGAUUGGACAGCACUGAAGCACUACAGCAAGCUCUUUCUGAUGCCUUUGGAUCCCAUGUUGAUGCUCAUUUGAUGGAAGGUGUUGCUGAUCUUGGAGGCGCAGAGCUUCAUCUUGAUGGAGGGACAUACAAGAUCAGCCAUUCCCUACGUUUACCAAAUAUUAGUGGUGGUAACUUCAUGAUUCAUGGCGGAUCGCUUCGUGCAUCGGACGAUUUUCCAACAAAUCGCCAUCUGAUCGAGUUGUGGCCAUCCUCGGCUUCUUUCUUGUAUGAAGACAUUACACUCAAGGACCUUAUGAUAAACUCUAAUUUUAGAGGUGGUGGCAUCUCCAUUAUCAAUUCCCUUAGAACAACCAUAGACAAUUGUUAUGUCACACAUUUCACUACAAAUGGUAUACUCAUAGAAGGUGGGCAUGAGACAUACAUUAGAAAUUCUUUCAUUGGCCAACACAUCAAUGUCGGUGGCGACGGUGGCGAAAAGGACUUCUCCGGCAUUGGAAUCAACAUCAAGGGCAACGACAAUGCAGUCACCGAUGUGGUAAUUUUCUCUGCAUCAAUAGGAAUUAUGAUAUCAGGACAAGCAAACAUGAUCACCGGUGUACAUUGUUACAACAAGGCCACCCAAUGGGGUGGGAGUGGAGUAUACAUCAAGGCACCCGGUUUGACUCAAACCCGAAUUGUGAACUGUUACUUUGAUUUCACUGGUGUUGUGGCUGAGGACCCGGUCCAACUCCACAUAACCGGCUCAUUCUUCCUUGGAAACGCAUUCGUUUUGAUAAAGUCGUUGGCGGGUGUUGUGUGUGGGGUGAAUAUUGUUGAUAAUAUGUUCUCGGGUGAUUAUACAGGGGUCAAAAUAGUUCAAUUAGAUCAAUCAAAUGGACCAUUCAAGACUAUUGAAGAAGUCAUUGUUGAUCGAAAUACUGUAAGAGGCAUGGUUCGCAAGUCAACGGUAGCUAGAGGGUCGGUGUGGAGAAAUGGAACCAGAUGGACCGUUGAUUUCUCAAAGGUCCUAUUAUUUCCUAACCUAAUAAAAAACGUGCAAUACACAUUGCAUGCAGGUGCUGCAUUUCCUACCCAUACUUUGAGAAAUGUAUCAGAAAAUCGUGUCACGGUGGAGUCGGAAAUGCCCAUAUCAGCAACACUGCAUGUGUCGGUGGACCAAAGCAUGGUUGGGUACAUAUGAUCAUUAAAGCUCAUGAUUUGCAACUUUUUUUUUUUUUUUUUAAAUUGUUUUGUGUAGUUUUUGAGAUAUAUAUUUAAAUGAUGGACAGUCAAGAUUGUGAUGA